AUGGCAGCCGGCGAUAGCCUCCCGGCCCUGCUGGCCUUCACCCUCGUCGAGGCCUAUUUCCUCCAGCGCACCGUUUUCGCCGACGAGGGCUUCCACACGGUCGUGCUAGGGGCGGUGACCGUCAAUGUGCUCCUCAAGGGCCUGUAUAGCCUGGUGGUCUGGCCCUUCUUCCUCAACCCACUCCGUCACCUGCCCAAGGUUUCGGGUCUCAUGAGCCAUGCCAGAGUCAUCUUCGACUCGCCCCGUGGCCGCAUGCCACUGCACUGGAUGAAAACCAUCCCCAACGAAGGCCUCAUCCACCUGCACGACACCAUCGGCCAGAGCUACCUGCUGCCGACCAACCACCAGGCCCUGCUCGACAUCAUGAGCACCAACACCUACGACUUCGAGAAACCCUGGCGUGCGCGCAACUUCCUCGCCCGCAUCCUAGGCUUCGGCCUGAUCCUGUCUGAGGGCGCUGCCCACAAGAAGCAGCGGAAGGCGCUGACGCCCGCCUUCAAUAUCAAGAAUAUCCGCGCCAUGUACUCACUUAUGUGGGAUAAGACCCACCAGUUGCUCGUGGAGAUGGAGAAGGAGUUGAAGGUGAAUCCCAUGGAGGGGACCAGUCCGGAUGAGGGGGUUGGGAAGCUGGAGAUGGGGGUUUGGGGAAGUCGGCUCACUCUCGAUAUCAUCGGCCCCGUCACCAUGGGCCGUGACUUCCGCUCGCUGCAGAACAGCGACAACCCCGUGGCCGAGAGUUUCCUGCGCAUCCUCGAGCCGACCACCGAGAAGAUGGCCUUCUUGGCCAUGAACUUCACCUUGCCGCAGUGGAUUGCCCAGCGUGUGCCCUGGCGUCUGAAUCAGGUCAUCGCCAACGAGACGGGCUUCUUACGCAACCUCUGCAACGAUAUUGUCCGCGAGAAGCGCGAGUCGCUGGCGGCAUCCAAGGCAUCGGCCCAGGACCUCGAGGCGGACAUUCUCGGCACCAUGAUGCUGGGCGGCGACUUCUCCGACACUGAGCUGGUGGAUCAGAUGUUGACGUUCCUGGCUGCGGGACACGAAACUACCGCCAGCGCCUUGACCUGGGCUUGCUACCUGCUCACGCUCCAUCCCGAGGUACAAGAGCGCCUACGCACCGAAAUCCGGAACAAAAUCCCCUCGGCAGACUCCACAAUUACUCACGCAGACCUCGAGUCGCUUCCCCUCCUCAACGGCGUCUGCCAAGAAGUCCUGCGCCUGUACCCAACCGUGCCCGCCACGAUCCGCGAAUCAAUCCGCGACACUACCGUCGCUGGCAAGCACGUGCCCCGGGGCACUCGGAUCAUCCUCUGCCCCUACGCUAUCAACCGUGCACCGAUCUUCUGGGGCGAGGACGGCGAGUCCUUCGUGCCCGAGCGCUGGAUCGACACUGACAAGGCGGGCAACGCGGUGCCGAAUAAUAAUGGCGGCGCGUCCACUAAUUUUGCGCAGAUUACCUUCUUGCAUGGGCCGCGGUCGUGCAUUGGGAAGGACUUUGCGAGGGCGGAGCUGAGGUGCGCGGUGGCGGGUGUUGUGGGCCGUUUUGCCUUUGAGAUGCAGGAUCCUAAGCAGGAGAUCCAUAUUGCCGGCGCUGUUACCACGAAGCCGGUUGAAGGGAUGAACCUGCGCAUGCGCCGGGUGGACGGAUGGUAG